ACGUUAUGCCUAUUCUACAAGUACACAGGGAGCUUCUGAAAAGGAAGACGUAAUGGUGUGAUUCCUUGUGUCCUUGCAAUGGUCAUCAUUCUAAUAUUACACAACCGGGAGUCAGAAUGAAGGGUUGCAAACUCUGAUUUUACGGAUACAUGUAUAAGGCAGGGGCAUCGUCCAUGUGGGCGUCAUGUUGUGGGCUGCUGAACGAGGUGAUGGGCACAGGGACGGUGCGCGGGCAGCAGCCAGGGUUUGGGGCCGGGACGGGGCCCUUCCGCUUUGCCCCCAGCGCCGGGUACUCCACAUAUCCCCCCACCAGCUCAGGGAGUGCAGGUCAGCUCUGCAAGGCCUGUGGACUGGCCUUCUCCGUCUUCAGGCGCAAGCACAUAUGCUCGGACUGUAAGAAAAGUUUCUGCACCAUGUGCUCGGUGCUGCAAGAGAGCCUCCGCUGCUGCACCACCUGCCACCUCCUGCGUGGAACGGCCUUCCAGAGACCACAGCUCAUGGCGCUGCGUGUUAAGGACCUGCGCCAGUACCUGCUGCUGCGCAACAUCCCUACAGACACCUGCAGGGAGAAGGAAGACCUGGUGGACCUGGUGCUCUGCCACCAGGAAGCUGGAGAAAACACCUUGACACAAGGAGGUGUAGAGGAAGAUGAGGAGGAGGAGGAGGAGGAGGAAGAAGAAGAGGAGGAGGAUGCAGACACAGACAGCCUGCACUCGCUCCCCCACUCAUUCCACGCCUCGCCCCCCUCAGCCGCACACCGCUCCGCUUCAGAGCAGUUGUCUCUCUCCACCUCGGAGCAGUCGGCUCUCUCCGCCUCUCAAGGAGGCUCUCCUCUCAGCCGGAGUGACAGCUCAGGGACCGCUCAGAGCCAGGAGCAUGGGGGAGCUCCGAUCAUCCCACUCCUUCACCUGGAACCUGCCAGUGAACCUAUCAUAGAGGUCAGUCCAGUGACACAGAGGAGAAUACGGGCCUCUCUAUCUGACCUGGACAACGAAGGGGACAUUGAGAGCCUGUCUGUCCGGCAGCUCAAAGAGAUUCUGGCCCGUAACUUUGUCAACUACUCUGGCUGCUGUGAGAAGUGGGAGCUGAUAGAGCGGGUGCAUCGGCUCUACAGGGAGAACGAACAGAACAGGAAGUCCAUGGAAAAUGUCAGCAACAUCAACAGCAUGUCUGCAGUGGUGUCAUAUCCUCCGCCUAUCUGCAAUGGUGCAGUGGAAGACAGUGUGAAGGCUCAGCUGGCCUCUGAUGACCACCUAUGUCGCAUCUGCAUGGACGCUGUGAUCGACUGUGUGCUGCUAGAGUGCGGUCACAUGGUCACCUGUACCAAAUGUGGGAUGAGGAUGAGCGAGUGCCCCAUCUGCAGGCAGUACGUGGUGCGGGCCGUGCACGUCUUCAAGUCUUAACUCUGCCUUGAGCGUGCAUGUCAGCCAAGGACAUUGAAGCUGUGACGUAGUGUGUGCAUAUGCUUGAAAACCUGAGGGAGUGUGAAUGAUUUUGCAAGUUUUCAAGGACUUAAUGCUACAGCAGAUGUGCACAUCCUCCAGUCCAAAUGACAUGCAGAGCAGACAGCUUCACACAGCCUGACUUUUACUACAGCUACUAGAACUACAAGAGCCCCACAGGAAAUUGCUCUGUCGUGUCUGGACCUCCACUGGCUCCAGGACACUGACCUUAUGUCUUUAGUGUGAUACACACUGAAUUGUUUCACAAAUAACUCUCCAAUAUCGUAUUUUACAGUGCUUCAUGUCAAUUAGUUUUUUACUUUUAAUAAACCAUGAAGCGGAAUUGGUCCCAUCAGGGCCGGUAUACCGAACGGGGACACAGGGCUUGUGCCCCCUGACCUUCCUCAACCAAAUUUGUAUUAUUACAUUUUUGGGGUGUUGUGGGUCAGAUUGCAAAUAGUGUAAAAUUGCAGGAAAUUAGCUUUAAAACGGCAACAUAUUCUCUUAGCCUCAUGAUAAAAUGUGUAGGAGGGGGGAGUGCCUUGAGGUCAGUGCCCCAGGGUUCCAAAUGCAGUAGUCUGGCCCUGGGUCCCAUGGAUACUUGAAUUUGAUAUGUUUCAUGGUGAGUAGGUAUUAGGUGAUUAAGGUGGAGAUCAUUAUGAUAUCCCAGGGUUAGAGUCAAUAUGGUUUACACACUCAUACCACACCAGGCUAUACUAUACGUAUCUCCUUCAAUGUUCUUUAGUAUGUGCAAUAUUAAAACAUAGACUUCUAUGUCUGUCUAUGAAACUCGUCUGAGAAACUCAA